AUGCUUCGAGAGGGUAUAAAAGCCCUCAGGAAGCCAGCAUCACUCAGCGGUCCGAUAGAAAACUUAACUUCGAUUGAACUUCAAGUGUGUUCAAGUGUAAAAAUGAGCUCGAGAUUAGUGCUGUUAUCCCUCUUGGCGAUAUCAGUUUAUUGUCAGACGGAUGACGGGAUCAUUACCCUAAGUCCUAUUGAGAAUCCUUCAACUGAGACUGCCGCUACUACUACUACAACCUUAGCGCCAACUGGCCUUCCAACUACAACCACUCUAGCCCCUGUGCCAACUACAACAACAACGUUGUCGCCUUUUACUGAUAACAGUGUCACAGAUUCCACGGAUGGAUUUAUUGAUUGGACCAUCAUCCCUUGUCCUUCUGGUGAUUGGUUGGACUGUCUGCUGAAUGGAGGAGGCAGUGGAGGGGGUCACAAGCAUCAUCAUCAUCAUCACCAUCAUGGUGGAUCCGACGGAGGGCAAGAUGGAGGAUUUGGAGGCCGCGGAGGCGGCUUUGGAGGCCAUGGUGGCCAAGAUGGCGGCUUUAACGGAGGCUUCGGUGAAGGAGGAUUUGGCGGACGCGGUGGAAAUGGAUUCGGUAACGAGUUUGGCGACAGCGAAAGUGAAGAAAAUGGCCAAGGAUUCGGAGGGCGCGGCGGUCGUGGAGGAUUCGGCCAGGACGACAGCGGAUUUGGAAGCUUUGGUCAUCACGGUUCACCACGCCGUGGGUCGGAUGACAACACCGGCUCUACAUUUUGGUCCUUUUUAUGGUGAAAUCGAAAAGCGCAUGAGAUAAUCUGAUAAUCACGAUCUUCCAUUUUAUACAGGUGUUUGCUGUAACGAGUAUAUCGAAAUAAAAUUUGUAAUUAUUAUGUGAAUCGAAUUAAAAUGAGGAAACGCGGUAGAUAAAUAGGAAAGCAAAACAAUUUGCAAUUCAUUGCAAUGACCAAAAAAUCUAAUUACAUUAAUUUUAGGGUACCCAGCACUCCUCAAAACGACUCGUUGUCCUCUCAAAACUCUGUCUCAUCACGUCCUCACUCUACAUCAAGCAGUUCCAGUAGUUUUACUGGGCCUUUGGAGCCAGCCGUUCCUGGCCAACCCAAGCCAGUCUUUGGCAUUUUCACGGCCAGACCAGCCACCAUCGAGAUUGAAUCGGACUCAGAGAUGGAGUUAAAGGCGAGAAAAGCCACAAAAACCUAUGAGUUUGCUCGUGGGCGAACUCAGGAUUCCAACAAAACCAACAGCACUUCAAAUGGCCGAACAAUGGCGGGUACGCAGUAUUCAAGGCAUGGCCAACCGACCAGUCGCGAACCCGCAGCCACAACGAAUCGAAAAUACGGUGAUUCAUUGGUUUAG